UACAUUGGGUAUAAGUACAGAUUUGAUCUGCUAUAUCAUAUUAAUGUGUUAGCAAGAUACACCCUAUACCCAAGUAAAACGGUCAUGGAAAUGGCCAAACAAUUAAUUCAAUAUUUGUGGUGUACCAGGAACAAAAUGUUAAGGUGGUUCAAAGAAGAUAAACAUGGUAAAAAUCAUUUGAAGGUUAUAGCCGACGCUGCCUUUGCUUCACAAGACGAUUACAAGUCUCAAUAUGGUAAUUAUUAUUAUUUAAAUAAUAAUGUCAUAGGUGGAAAGUCCUCAAAGAGUACAUUAACAUGUACAUCAUCAACAGAGGCUGAAAUAUAUGCCAUUAGUGAAUCAAUUCCCAGAAUUGAAAUAUUUGAAUUACUUAUUGAAGAGAUAAAUAAAACUCCAAUUGAAAAGGAAAUUAUAACUGAUAGUAAACCGAGCAUUUCAUCAUUCACUGCAAUUGAUGAAUCAAGAAUGAAAGCAAAAUUCUUUACAACUCGGUUAUUAAGAGCAAAAGAAGAAAUCAAAAGACAAAAUAUUAAAAUGUCUUAUGUUGAAACAAAAAAUAACACUGCAGAUAUAUUAACAAAACCUGUUCAGGUGAAAGACUUUAUUCACCUGACAGAAAAUUGGAUCUUAUAA